AUGCCUCUGACGGUUGAAGUCAGCCUCAUAAGUGGCAAGAGGAUCUUUUUGGAGGUGGAACCGGAGGAAUCCGUGAAAUCUCUGCAGCUGCGCGCCCAGAAAGCUCUCGGAGCUGGCAGGGGUCGGCUCUUGAAUUCCGCUGGGUGCAUCCUGGAUGGACAAGCAGCUGUCAAAGAGGUUGGGCUGCAGAACGGUGAUCUGCUCACGCUUAAUAUUGCAAGAGUUCAACUGUCGUGUACUGCAAAUGCCUUUGGAGGAAUCCUGGGUGACGGAUCCCUUGUCACUUGGGGUGCUUUUGCCUGCGGUGGCGACAAGAGUCUUCUAGGGGAGCAUUCGCUGCAGUUCUGGCUGAUGGAUCCGUCGUGA